ACUAAUGGUCUCGUGCUCAGCGAGGAGUUUCUCAAAUUAAAUAUUAAUAUCCAAAAACAGUUAAAAUUUCAGCCACACACAUAAAAUUCUUCUAUAAAUCAAUCAAACCAAUUCAAUCGUCUAGGUCAAACCAGUCCGCCGCCAUGGGCCACCCAGCCACCGCCGCGGCCGCCGCCGCCGAUCUCCCGGCGCACAUCCUCAUCUUCCCGCUGCCGAUGCAGGGCCACAUCAACUCCAUGCUCAAGCUAGCAGAGCUCCUCUGCCUCUCCGGCCUCCACGUCACCAUGCUCCUCUCUGACUACACCCACCGCCGCCUCCGCCGCCACGCCGACAUCGAGUCCCACUUCUCCCGCUACUCCGGCUUCCGCGUCGCCACCAUCUCCGACGGCCUCCCCGACGACCACCCCCGCGCCGGCGAGCGCGCCAUGGAUAUCGUCAUGAGCCUGGUCAAAGUCGGCGGAUCCGAAUUCCGGCGACUAAUCGAGACCACCGACGCCCUCAGCGACGGCGGUUCACGGCGGCGCAUCAGCUGCCUAAUCAUGGACGGCGUCCUGAGCUUCGCCGUGCCGGUGGCGAAGGAAAUCGGCAUUCCGGUGAUAUAUUUCCGUACCGUCGGCGCCUGCUCCUUCUGGGCCAAUUACUCCUUCAAAGAAGUCAUCGCCGCCGGCGAAAUUCCCCUCAAAGGUAAAGAGGAGGACAAAUAUUCGUACGCGAGCAAGCCGGAGCUGGAUUUUCCGGUGACAAGCGUGCCGGGGAUGGAGGGGUAUCUCCGGCGGCGGGAUCUGCCGGCGUUCUGCCGUGUAAGUGAUGUGAACGACGCUGGAUUCAACACGAUCAUAACAGAGACACGGCGGACGGCGCUGUCGGACGGUUUGAUCCUGAAUACAUUCGAAGAUUUAGAAGGUCCGAUUCUCGACCAAAUCCGGAAUCAAAUUCCGGUGGUUUAUUCAAUCGGACCUCUCCAUUGUCGUCUCGAGAAGGAGGCGACUCUUCCUUCUAGUAGCUUCUGGGAAGAAGAUCACGGUUGUAUGGCCUGGCUCGACUCUCAGCCCGACCGAUCUGUACUCUAUGUCAGCUUCGGCAGCGUCACGUUACUCUCCAAAGAAGAACUUUUGGAGAUAUGGUACGGUUUGGUGGAUAGCGGGCAAAGAUUUUUGUGGGUGAUGAGGCCGGACUCUAUAGUCGGGGGCGACGGGGGAAGCCCCUCCAUCCCCGUGGAGUUGGAAAAAGCCACGAAGGCGAGAGGGUACAUGGUAGGAUGGGUGCCCCAAAACAAGGUUUUGGCGCAUCCGUCUCUUGGGGCAUUUUUCACUCACAGCGGAUGGAAUUCCACACUCGAGAGCAUUGCGGCCGGCAUACCGAUGAUUUGUUGGCCUUAUUUUGCCGAUCAAAUGAUCAAUAGCCGUUUUGCCAGUGAAGUUUGGAAGGUGGGGUUGGACAUUAAGGACACUUGUGAUCGAGCGAUUGUGGAAAAGACAGUAAGGGACGUUAUGGAAGUACGGAAGGAUGAGUUUUGGGAAAGGGCACGUCAAAUGGCUGAGUUGGCGAAGAAGGCGGUGAGCGAGGGCGGGAGCUCGUAUUUGAAUUUGAAUCGGCUUAUUGAGUUUUUGAAGUCUUCUAUAUAAUGAAAUGUGUGUAUUUUGUUGUUUCGAUUUCGAUAAAAGAGUAUCUCUUGUAGUCAGAUUCCUUAUUACGUUUAUGAUUGUCUUUUGAAUUUUUACUAUAACAACUGGUUACCUUUCUCAUUAUAUUUAAUAAGAGAUACAUUUAUUCA